AAUGAUGAUGAUGGUGGUGAUGAUGAUGGUGAUGAUGGUGAUGACGUCACAGGGAGAACGAGGGGUCGAUGGGGUCCAGGGCCUACGAGGACACGCAGGCUUUGAGGGUCCCAAGGGAGACAAAGGCGAGCGGGGACCCCGCGGCACUAAGGGGGAACAGGGGGACCCUGGCUUACCAGGGCUCGACGGGAUAGACGCGCCCUGCCCAUUGGGAGAAGACGGAUUGCCAGUGCCAGGAUGCUGGCAAAAGGGUCAGACCCCGUGGCUGGUGGCUUGAUGCGGCCAUGUGAUGUUGGCACGCGACGGCCAAUUUCACUUUUGAGAAAAUCCACGGAGACGUCGAGACAUGCGGCGAGACACGUGGAGACCCAGGGAGAAGACAGAGGAACUGGAUAGUGUCCUUGUCCCUAUCUCUGUCUCCCUAUGUCUGUGUACCUCUCCGUCUCCCUUUGUCUCUCUGUGUCUGUCUGUUUCUCUCUGUCUCCCUGCGUUUCUUUCUCUCUCUGUCUCUACCCGAGUGGUAGAGCUCCGUUUGACCGCAGUUGCAGUGAGUUUAACAUUUCUGUUACACCAAGGUUUAACUUGUCCGCUAGGCCGAGGUUUAACUUGUCCACGAGGCCGAGAUUUAACCAGUCGGCUAGGCCAAGGUUUAAGUUGUCCGCGAGGCUGAGGUUUAAGUCGUCCGCUAGGCCGAGGUUUAAGUUGUCCGCUAAGCUGAAGUUUAACCAGUCUGCUAGGCCAAGGUUUAAGUUGCCUGCUAGGCUGAGGUUUAAGUUGUCCACUAAGCCGAGGUUUAAGUUAUCCGCAAGGCCGAGGUUUAACCAGUCGGUUAAACUGUGUAAUUUAUCUGGGAGUGUAUUUUCCGUUUUAACUGCGGGUUCAUGUAUUUUUUACGUAAUAAUGAGGUUUAUUUUUGUAACUCUUUCCGUUCAUACCAGGUUCGACGUAUUAACUCGGCCUGGGUCCGUACGCACCUCUGCGCGCGUAUGUAUAUUCCGUUACGGCGAGGUCAUCGCUUCCAUUACAUUACCGACUGUUCACUUCCCCCACCCACCCACCCACCCCGCCCGUUAUCACGAGGUCACUUCCGUGCGUACAUACCGACGUUUAUUGUAAAUCAGACACGACUAAAAUUCCCGAUGACACCGCUCGCCGUCGAGACGAGGGUCACCGGUUUCCCGCACGGGAGCGGUCGCCACCGCGCCGUCUCGGCUCCGCGGGCCCGAGGCUCCGCGACCGGCGGGGUUUUUCCGCGACGCGUUUUCGUGUUGACCGAUGACGACGAGGUCGCAGUUUACAUGUCUUCCCUGCAGAGGAACAGCGUUCCCCGUUGCGCCAGUUGCGCGCGUGCCGUGCUCCGCGAAGAAUUUGCAUUUCCGUCACGUCGCCUCUUCCGUCAUGGCUACUCCGGUUUUGCCGUUGCACAGAGGGUUGGAUUUUUUAAAAAAAAAUUUUGUUCGGUCGGAAACAGAGCGGGACGAUGCUCCGGUAAAACGAGGUUGAGGGUUCCAGGUUUGAAGUUUUCGUGACUGCAAUGACCGGAACUGUUUGGUUCUUUCGGUAGAGUCACGUAGGUAAAAAACUAAAAAUGAAGUUUCGGAGGCAACAGAAGCUUCCGUCAUCGAGUGGCAACAGUCACAGUAAAAAUUACGGUAAAAAUUACAGUAAAAUUACUGUAAAAAAUACUGUAAAAUUACAGUAAAAUUACAGAAA